GUGCUGGUGAUGGAGCUGAAUGACGAGGAUGCAGAACACGUGGUGGACCAUGCUGAAGCAGAUCUCCUGCAGGACCAAGAGGGCUAUCGGUGGAAAGGUCACGAGAAGCUAAAAACUCGAGAUGGGCCUGUUCGAUUUGAAGCUGGUUUUCAGCCAUUUGUCCUUGUCCAAUGUCAGCCACCAGCUGUGGUCACCUCUUUGGCCCUGCACUCGGAGUGGAAGCUUGUGGCCUUUGGUACCAGUCAUGGGUUUGGGCUUUUUGACCACCAGCAGAAGCGACUGGUCUUUGUCAAGUGCACACUGCAUCCCAGUGACCAGCUGGCCUUAGAAGGUCCCCUGUCUCGGGUGAAAUCCUUGAAGAAGUCCCUCCGUCAGUCGUUCCGGCGGAUCAGAAGAAGCCGCGUGUCCAGUAGGAAGCGGAGAGGAGGUGGUGGGAAUGCCUCCGAGGUGCAAGAAGCAAAUGCCAAGUUUGACCAGGACGUGUUGCAGGAGAUGGAACUGGCUCCAGUCCAGCGCAAGAUCGAAGCGCGCUCAGCAGAAGAUUCUUUCACUGGCUUUGUGCGAACCCUGUAUUUUGCUGAUACCUUCCUGAGAGACAGCUCCCGGCACUGCCCGUCCCUGUGGGCUGGCACCAAUGGAGGGACAGUCUACGCUUUCUGUUUACGCGUUCCUCCAGCUGAGAGGAGGAUGGAUGAGCCUGUGAGGGCAGAGCAGG